AUCUCUGUUGCUAAAUGUCAUUCAACUGAGCGCAAAGUUCGUGCCGGUACAUACAUAUGGAUACAAUGAUUUUCCUGCGCGCUGUGAUCAUAAGUUCUCUGCUUGUUGUCGCUGCGGCCGUGCCCCACAGACGCGGGCCCCUAUCCUCCAUCGUGGAGAGAGGUUGCAUUCCCCUGGCACACUAUGUUCGCGAUAACUACUACAGCUACAAGAUUCGUCGUCAGGCAACCGUAACCAUGGUAACACCGCGAUCAACAUCAGACGUUUCUGUAGCGCUUUCCACCAUAGUUACCACAACCAUCCCGGUGUCGGACACCACGACCCAUAUUAACUGGGUCACCUUCGUUUACGACCGAAUGCGGGCCGAUUAUGUUCCUAUGGAGCUUUUUAAAGGCCUGGUUAACUGCGGCCGGGAGUACUCUCUGUUCGCUAUCAACGCCCCCGCCAGCCUCCUACAGCUACUGGCAGUCAACUACCGGGCUGUUCCUGGACUUGUCGGCUGAUUACCAAACUUACGGGAACCAGCACAAUUUUGGGGCAGACAGACUGUUGUUAUUGGCAAAUUGGUUUUUCAUACUUUCAAUGUAAAAUUCAUGUUUUCAGACUAAAAUAUAUGGCUUAAGUUUUGUUCCCUAA